ACGUAGCCUAGCGUGAUGCAUGUCGGUCCAAGCAACAUGGCGGACUUGAAGUCCGAGUCUAUAACAUCGCGAGGAAAAACGCCGAUAAAGAUAAAAAGAAAAAGACCCUCAUCUUCUAGUCUACUGGAUAUGUUUGCAAAUGAGGAAAGUAACGAUGAGAAUUGUAAUGAACCCAAACAAACAUCUGGAUCUACAACAAACGUGGACGUCAAUUCAAAAUCAGAGACAGCCAGUAAACCACAUAUUCCAACAGAAAAUUAUGAUUUAGAUGACCGUCUGAGUUUGAACGCUGGAGAUGAUAGUGAUGGUUGUACGAAAAAGGCUGAUUUGACAUCCAAAAACACCACACUUAUUGAUAAGGAUGCUGGGAGCCUCACAAAAGAUCCAUCAGAACAGGACACCAACCCAGAGAGUGUUUUUAUGGCAAAGGACAGGGUGUCAGCAAUUCAAAGUUUGUGUGAAUAUGAAGACAGUAUUGAGGAUGGAGAGGUUAAGGAUGAUGUUAAUGAAAAAGAUGAUAGUAAUAAUAAAGAUGAGACUAAAGAUUCAAAUGAAGGUUCUUUAACUAUAUCAAAUGAUUUGAAUAGUGAGAAAAAGGACAAAAAGAAACACAAAAAACACUCAAAGGACAAAAAGAAGAAAAAACACAAGAAGGAGAAAAAGAGAGAAAAGGAUAAACACAAGCAUAAACAAGAGAAAGAAUCUAGUGAUGAAGAAACAAAAGAUAAAGAAAGCAAAAAUUCAAGCAGUCCCCCAAAAUCUGCCAUUACAAGAGAGAAAGACAAAUCAAAAAUCGAUUCCAUUUUAGACAAACCAGAUGAACUCUCCACACCCAAAAAAAUAUCAGAAAAAGGGUCCCCCAAAGGAGAUGGGAGGGAAAGAAAACAGAGCCAUCCCUUGUCUUCAAGGGAUCAGACAACAAGACAGUCAAAACGGAGUCGUAGCCGGUCAGCUACAUUGAAUCAGAAGAGGAGCCGUUCAAAACAUAGUCGUAGCCGUUCAAAUUCACGGGAUCAGAAAAGGAGCCGGUCAAGACGUAGCCACACCCCACCUUCUGAAGAAAGACCAAAAAGUAGGUUAUAUAGGCAUUCCCGCAGUAAAUCAAAGGAAAGAAAAACAUUAAAAAGUCCUAUUAGAUCACCAAGAGGACAAUCUAGCAGAGAGCGCAACACAAAGAGAAAGUCAAAAAGUCCAUCAUUAGAGCGAAGGAGAUCAAGAGCCAGGAGAAGUAGAUCAAUUGAGCGUAGGGACAGGCGAAGGUCCAGAAGUCGGUCUCCUCGAAGCUCUUUAGGGCGAUCUCGUCGAAGAUCCUCAUCAAGAAAUCGUAGAAGAAGACGAUCAAGGUCAAAGUCUCCUUUAAAUACAAAAUCUCAGUGUGAAAAAGAGCAAAGAGUCUCUCGGUCUAAGAGUAGGUCAAUAGAGCGGUCUUACAGGUCAUCAGAAAAGGAAAGGAGGCACAGCAGAUCUGAAGAUAAGAGUUUGAAAGAAAAAGGAAAAUCUCUUUCUUUAGAGGAAAAGCUACGGCAUAUAGCAGAGGAUAAGAAUGAACAUCACACAGCGACAGAUACAAAAGAAGCUCAAGAAGAAGCUCCUGUUAGUGAUAAUGGGGACUCUUCCUCUAAUCAACAACAGACUUCACCAGCUACAAGAUCUUCAACAGGGGAACGACGCUGGUCCUGGGAGUGGGAUAAGAAGGAUGAUGAAGAGGAAGAUCCAGCUAUGGAGGGAAUUGACACAGAUGUAUUCACGAAUGAUGAUGGGGCAUCCAGCACGCAAGAACAACCAAGUGAAAUAGCAAGUCAUCAGGAAAAGAAGCCGGUGCUUGUUUUGAAGAAAAGUCACAACUUGACAGAAUUUGAAGAAAAGAUCUGUGCGACCCCUGCAAUAGAAUCAUUCAAGGAUGAACUACAAAAUGCUAUCGUUCCAUCUCAUACUGAAGAGCCCGGUCCUGCAGUCAGCAAGGAACAGGUUGCUUCAAAUACUGAGGAAAGUGAACAGAAUAAACCUACAACUCAGUCUGGUCUAUCUGUGGAUAAAUCUGGUGUAGAGCCAAAACUUGACAAGAAAGAUCAAGAUUCUGAAGAUGAACUUCAAACUAGUAUGAAGUCUGAAGACUCAAAAGGUGUUGAUACCCCCCCUCCUCCUCCCCCACCCAGAGCAAGUCCCCCCCAAGUUACAGCUGCCAAUCACAUGAGUCAACAAGGAAACCAUUUUAUACACAGUCAAGAAAUACCCUCGCCUUUUAGCAUACGGCCGCCGAUUAUGCCACUCCUGGCACAAAGGCCUCCCCAACUCAUGCAACAAAUUGGACAAAGGGGGGCUUUUGUACCUCAAGGUCCUAAUAUGAUUUCCCAGGGUCCUAGAGGACCCUUGUUGCCCCAGGGACCUAGGGGGGCAAUAACAUCUCAGGGUCCUGGAGGACCCAUAAUUUCCCAGGCACCUAGAGGACCCAUGUUUCCUCAGGGACCUGGAGGGCUUAUAGUGCCCCAAGGACAAAGAGGGCCAAUAUUGGCGCAAGGACCUGAAGGGCUCACAAUGCCCCAAGCACUCGGAGGACCCACAUUUUUAAAAGGACCAAGUGGACAUGUGUCAUCCUCCGAUAACCAAACCUCACUUCUAGCACUUCAGACGUCAAGUACAGUCAUACCCUUCCUUGAUGACGGCCCAAAAGACAAGGACAAGUCAUCUGAACAGAAGGAACAAAAACAAAGUGGAGGUAGCCCAAUGGACACGGAUUCUUCACCAGAGGUAGAUAUCAUCGAGAAGAUGAACGAGGAAUUCUGGAAAAAAGAGGGGAAGGAAAAUAAUGCAGCUGAACAGAAGAAGGAAACAGAGUACAUCCCGGAAGCGGAUGAGUAUGACCCGGAUAACGACCCUGUCAUCCAAGCAAUGCUGGCCGGGGAGGACUAUGAUCCGCCCGAGGAGCAGAAGGGAAAGGUGGACAAAGGGAAGGGAACAGAGAAACAGGAGAAGGAAAAGGAGAAAAUACAGAAAGAGGAAAAGGAACCCGAGAAGAGCAAAGUCCAGACUCUGCUGGACAAGCUACACAGACAAGCCAGGGUUGAGGAGGAGGUCAAACUGGUUCUAAAAGUCUACUUCAAGCACAAGGAGAUUACCAAAGAAGAGUACAAGAGUAUCCUCAGGAGAGCCGUCCCUCAGGUCGCAAAUUCAAGUCACUCAAUUGACCCAGAACGCAUCCGUCAUCUGGUCAAGAAAUAUGUCGCUAAAGUAAAAGGCCAGAGGUUUCUCAAAGGUGUGAGUCGAAUAUAGAUUUUCAGAGACAUGUGACGGGGAAUGAGAAAUUUGUCCGAUUGAGAACUUUAGAAAUUGGACCAGAGUGUCGUUUUACCUUGGGUGCCAAAUAAAAUUGUUGAAUAUCGUUCACGACUUCCUAAAAGGGGUACUAUGACUGGUUGCGAGCCCCUGGCACGUGCGUCUCUCCUCCCUGUGCGUGAGGGAUGGUUUCACUGUGUUUUAUUCGAAGUGCAAAUAUGUGUAAAUAUGCCAGCAACAUGUUGGUGUUGUUUGUGAGAAGCUAGCCUUAGACAAACUAUAUGUAAUUGUUCUGCGAUGAAAACCUUCAGUAAAAAACAAAAAACAAA